AUGAUUUCUGCCGACCUUGCUGCAAACCUACGCCAACAAAUUGAUGUACACACGGGCAGCUCUCCGCCAAGCAUUGCCGGCUGCCUCUACGCGAUAGUGAAUCGGAACGGGCAGUUGGUGUUCAGUCAUGCUUCUGGCACUCGAGGACUAGGCAGUGCGGAGCCGAUGACAUUCGACACUAUUUUUUGGAUGGCAUCGUUUACAAAGCUGAUCACAGGCAUCGCAUGCAUGCAAUGCGUCGAGAGAGGACUGUUAGCGCUGGACAGCACCGACCUGGUUGAGCAGUUGGCACCGGAAUUGAAGGACGUGCAAGUAAUACAGCGGAGUGGUAGCGGAGAUCUUAAACUGGUUCCGAAACAGAGAAAGAUCACUUUGCGUAUGUUACUCAAUCACACAGCCGGCUUCGGGUAUGUUUUCGAAGACGUCAAUUUACGUGAUUGGGCAAGGCCGGUAGGGCUCAGCGAUUUUACAGACAAAGAACUUGAUAUUCUUCUACGCCCAUUGUGCAAUCAACCGGACACAACAUUUCAAUAUGGUACCAAUAUUGACUGGGCGGGUAUGUUGGUAGCUCGUGCCUCAGAUAUGUCGUUGGAAGCUUAUUUCCAGAAAAAUAUAUUUGAGCCACUGAGCAUUGACGGCAUUACGCUGGCUCCAACGGAGAGAAUGAUAUCGCAAUUGGCAUACAUGCAUCAGCGAGAUCCGGACGGAUCUCUAAGCCUGACAGAUCACUUGUUUCGUGAUCCACUACUGAGUUUCGACGUUCCAGAUAGCAAGAAUAGGUUCUACAGUGGAGGCGCAGGUUGUUUUGGAAAACCAAUCCAAUAUACCAAGAUCAUUGCUGUACUGCUGAAUGAUGGCCUAUGCCCAGAGACAGGUGCAAGAGUCCUUCAGCCGGAGACUAUAAAAGAAAUGUUCACUGAUCAAAUCUCGGGAAAACCAAUAUACAUCAACAAACCGGUCCCAACUGCGAAUCCUCUUUUAGCCAAUCCUACACCGAUAUUUCCUGGCCCUCUAGAAGCCACCUCCGGCUGGGGAUUGACUUUUGCGUUGAGCCAUGAUCGAGCUCCAUCAGGCAGACCUGUUGGAACUGGUUCGUGGGAAGGACUCGCAAAUCUUUUCUGGUUUGCAGACAGGGAACACGGCCUUGGAGGGAUUAUCGCGUCCCAGGUUUUGCCAUAUGGCGACAAGACAAUUCUCAAGCUUUCGGAGGAGCUGGAGACCCAGAUCUAUGCCUCAAUCGACUCACAUUGA